AUGCUGCUGGCCACCGUCAAGCUGUGCUGCGCCAUCACCCACGACCACCUGCCCGGCUUGAAGGGAACAGCCAUCGCAGCGAUACAGAAGGACGCGAGAGGGCUGGUGGUGAGAGGAUCCCGUCACCCGCCUUCCAAAAUCCCUCGUUAUAUUCAGAGGCUGGUGGCGAAGAAGACAGCUGUGUGCCUGGACCCCAAUGGAGACGUCGAUCCCAGCCGCAUCUCCAGUGUGGACCUCUCCUACAUCGCCCAGGGGGAAACAGCCCUGCAGCGAGCGCUGAGCAUCCUGCAACACCGCGCCAGCUGGCAAGAAGAAAGAAUGCUGGACACGAGGACCAAAAUGUCCAGUGCUGCUCUCCCUGGGCUGGGCAAGGUUUUUCAGGCUGAGGUGGUCCUGGCUGUGCCAGUGGCUCGGCUGCACCGGGAGCUCUUUGAGAGGAUCGAGCAAAUGCCCCAGUGGAACCCGACGCUCAGCAGGGUGAAGGUGCUGCAGCAGGUCGGGACGGACACACUGGUGACGCACGAAGUGACGGCUCCCAGCCCGGGCAACUUGGUGGGACAGCGGGACUUUGUCAGCGUGCGGCAUUGCGGGAGGAGGGACACGACCGUCUACCUGGUGCCCCGCCCGGAGCCGCUGCCCUUGCAGGAUGGGUGCGUCAG